AUGCCAGCUGUGACUGCCUCUACCUCUACAUCCACCAUGCAAUCGUCUCCGCGAAACAAGAAGCUCGCGGGACCGCCGCCGGUGAGCGGAAUCGCCCAAGCUCAAAACAAGCGCCCGUCUUUGCGAUACUCGCUCAAUCACCUAGGAAAAGCGCUGGCAGAUGCGGUGGGAAAGGAAAGCAAAUCGUCUGUGCACGUUCGGAGUGCGUCUGCCAUUCCAUCUUCACUGGUGGACCGAUCGGGAAGUAGUACACCAUCGACAAGACCAUCGAGUGGGCUUGCUCGUCGACCGAGUAUUGCGGGAGCGUUUGAGAGACCGUCGUUAGAUGCUGCUAAACCUCCCCAGGUUCGUACUCGUACGAUGUCUGCUGUCGGACGGGGCUUACCCUCCCAGUUAAAGUCUACAAUUUCGCCCAAACGGGCAUCGCCUCCCAAGCCGAGUCAACCUCCGCCCACGACCGCCCCUACUGCACAACCACUCACUCGCCGUCGAUCCUUUAUGAUCAAGGGCUCUCUCACUGCCCCAUCGACUACGGCACUUCCGGCAACUGCCAAUCCUUCUGGUGCAACCCCCGUCGCCGUCGGAACAACCAAACUCACGAUUCGACCGAAGAUGUCAGCCCCUCCCCGUGUUACGACCGAAGACGAACGGCCCAUCGAGGUCAAGGAGCGACGCACGGAUAGUCCCCGGGGUCCGCCUGUUGCUACUAUCAACCGAACGAGAGAACGAGUCGAUUCGCGUGCUUCGCCCGUUCGCCUUCCGCUUCCGACUGCCAAAGGCCGAGCCUCGCCUACUCGCAAUGACCAGACCCCCACAGCGCCUCCCAAGGACGAUCGAGCUCAACGUAGGGAGCGUCGUGAAAAGGAAAAACAGGCUUCCGAAGAAAAGAAAGAAGCCAUCGAGCGAGAGAAAAAGGCUGCACUGGAACGGGAGCGGGCCAAGGUCGCUGAAGCCAAAAAGGAGCCGUCGGGACACCGGACUUCUGGAUCUACCGCUACUCUCACAUCAACCUCGAGCAUCUUUACUUCCGCCAGCCGUAGCAGUACCGGAGAAUCACAUACUUCUGGAGGCGCAUCUACCAAACUUCCUAAAUCCAACACUGCCGUCUUUCCUCGUGCUGCCCAAACCACACCCAUGACCCGGAGCCGAACUGCCACUGGAAGUACCCACCUUGGAGAAGUAUCCUCCCCGGCGAUCAGUCGCACUCUUCUUGCAUCCCUCUCGGCCCAGACCGAAUCUCCCAUCAUGGCGCCCCUCGAUCAGCGCCUACGCCGCGCAGGGUCGUUUACAUCGCUCAACUCGAGUCUGCCCAGUUCUACUCUUCCCAGCCCUGUACAUCCUGGCACAGUCACCUUCCCUCCGCCCGCCCCUGGGCUCAAGGGCAGAGGAAACGUAAGCGACGAUGACUGGCAAGAAGAGGGGGAUGUAUCUGCUUUACUCGAGACGGUUAUUUCUCCCCUCAAGGGCCAUGCAACUCCCGCCAUGCCCCGGUACACCACCUCCAAGUCCAAGUCUUCAUCGAGGCCUCAGCCUCCCGAAACGCCCUCCAGGACCACGGGACUGCCAGGCCGAGAUGCACUGUCCUACGUCUCGCCAGCUCCACCGGUCGCCCCAUCGGUCCAACGCACCAAGGCCGAAAAAGUGGGCAGAGAACGUCCAAACGGCGGAACACACCGUGGCCCGCGCGAGUCGAUCCUUUCGUACGACGCACUCGUCGAGCGAUCUCGGCUCGAAGAAGGGGACCUGGAAGAUAUGCUUCGCGCCCCUCCCCCCGCCGUCGGCCUCAUCAGCCCCGACAUGCGUCCUGCCCGGAACUUGCCUCGUCUGACAACGGCCGGUCCCAGGCGCAUGAAUUUGGCAUUGGGCGGGAUGAGCGAUAGCGAAGCCGAGAUUGAGGAAGAGGCCGAGGAGCAGACCGUGCACGUCCCUGCCGGUGGGCAAUCCAUUUCCCAAGUCUUGUUCCCCCUCCCUGGUCCUUCGAGUUCGUCUUCUCCUAUCCGAGAACGCAAGAACAGUAAACUGGCUGAAAAGGAGAGGCUCUGGAUGGCCAAAGAAGAAGCAUGGAGCCGCGAACGGGCUGAAUGGGAGACGGAGCGCGCACGAUGGGAAACUGAGAGGGCAGAGUGGGAAGCUCAGCAAGCACAUUGGAGCUCCCAGCGUACGCAGUGGAAUACUCAGCAGUCCGCAUGGUCCGGCCAGCAAACGCGAUGGGAGACCGAACGUGCUGGGUGGGCCGCGCGGGAACUCGAGUUCAAGUCGGCCGUUUUGGCACGAGACCAAGAUAUCGAGGCGCUCGAACAAGAGACGAGUGCACAUGUUGCUGAGAUAAACCAACGUUCAGAGGAGCACCGUCUGGAGAUUGAAGCUUUACUUAAACGUGUUGAAGGAUUCGCUCAACAGUCGCAAGAGCUUAAAUUGGCCAAGGAGCGAGAAGCCAAAUUCGAUGUCCAGUUGAGGUGUACCGGUGCUUUGAACGCGUGGACCGGGGUGUGUGCGAGCUUGCGUGCCGAUGCGGCGUCGUGUGCGGCCGAUCGCGCGGCCUUGAGGGUGAUCUUGUCAGGAUUGGAAACGAUGAUUAGGACGUGA